AUGUCGACACACACCCCCACAGUAUUAUGGGCACAACGCUCCAGUGAUAGCGACGCAAGCAAGAAUGUGCUCUUGUUGACCGUUGAAAUUGUCGACGCCGCCGACUUGAAAAUCGAGUUGAAGCCCACUCAUCUUUCGGUCACGGCCAAGUCGCCAAACUCGCCCCAGCCUUACGACUUGACGAUUGAUUUCUACGACGAGAUUGAUCCCGAUGAGUCGAAAGUCAACACUGAAAACGGCAACCAUAUCUUUUUCGUGUUGAGAAAGAAGAAGUUGCAGGCGGAGUACUGGCCCAGAUUGACCAAGGAGAAGUUGAAGUACCACUACAUAAAGACGGAUUUUGACAAAUGGGUAGAUGAAGACGAACAGGACGAAGUGAAGAACGACGACGACGACAUGAUGGCCGGCAUGGGCGGCGGAAUGGGCGGUAUGCCAGGCAUGGGCGGUAUGCCAGGCAUGGGCGGCAUGGGUGGUCCAGGUGGAAUGGACUUUUCGCAAUUAUUGAGUGGAAUGGGUGGCGGCGCUGGCGGUGCUGGCGGUGCGCCAGACUUGAGCGCGUUGGCUAGCCAAAUAGGAGCCGCGGGUGGUGCAGGAGGAUUGGACCUCAGCGGGUUGGGCGGUGACGACGAGGGUGAUGAUCAAGAAGAAGGCGAAAGCGAGCUUCAGGAAGAAGUGGAGACGAGCGGCGAUGGUAAGAGCACCCUGACUGAGAAGCUUGAGGAAAUCAAUUAG